AUGUCGCGUCGCCCGGCAAAGGGAGAUUACAUCGAGACCGACACGGGCAACAAGGUGGCCCGCAAGGCCAUCCUCGUCGGCACCCAAAACAUCAUGCUCGGCGGCAAGACGGUCAUCCAGCCCGAGUGCAUGAUCCGCGGCGACCUCGUCCGCACCGCCCCCUCGUCCUCGUCCUCGGCCUCGGCCACCGGCUCCACCGCCCCCGCAAACACCACCGCCGUCGCCAUUGGCCGCUACUGCUUCCUCUCGCGGGGCGUGCUGCUGCGCCCGCCCGGCAGACUCUACAAGGGCGUCUUCACCUACAUGCCCCUGCGCCUCGGCGACCACGUCUUUGUCGGCCAGGGAUCCGUCGUCCAGGCCGCCACCGUCGGCACCCACGUCCACAUUGGCGCGCGCUGCGCCGUCAACGAGUUUGCCAUAAUCAAGGAUUACGUAAAGGUUCUCGACGACACCGUCGUGCCCGCCUUCAUGGUCAUCCCCAGCUUCUCCCUCGUCGCUGGCCAGCCUGCCCGGAUCAUUGGCGAGAUCCCCGAAGGCGGCCACGACGACUUUGAGCUGCGCGAGCUGUACAAGACGGUUGGCAACAAUCCCCAGCCGCCGGCGCAAUGA